AUGUCACCCGUAGAGGCCGAGUUUAGCCUCCGUGCUCUUCCCGGAUCCUUUGCCGCCUCGUCCAGUCCCGGAGCCAACGGUGCCUGGCUGUCCAGUCCCAGACCAUCAUCCCCGGAGCCAGAGCAGCCUGGAGCAGAGACGGUGAGACCGCAGCGCGUCCAUGUCUACCCGCGGCGGAGGAGGCAGUCCGCAGGCGCUCUGUGGGCACUCCAAGCUCUGACCCAGCACGAGCCCCAAGAGCCCGGACGCUGCGCGGGACACAGUGUGGAGCGAUCGGAGUCGGUGCGAGCGUGUUAUGUGCGGCGGACACCUGCUCAGGACCGGCUCAGCUCUGGGGCAGACUCUCUUCAGCCGGGUGGGCACGGUGCUUAA